CCCAGGUUCGUUCCCACCACGAGCGCUUGGUUACCGAGGCCAAACAUCAACAACACCAGUCGAUGUUAAAAAGCUCCGUGGAAACCUCCAGGCCGUGUUUAUCUCAGUGCCAUUGCAGACGACACUGGAACCAUGUCGCACGGUGGAGAGCACCCAGGCGCAGCUCACUCUGACCCAAAGCAGUGGACGCCGGGUCACGGAGGGUCAUCGCACAAGUCUCACAGCGACUCGGAAGGCAGCUCCAGUGAUGACGAGAAGAAGGGAAAGGGGAAAGGAAAGGAGAAGAAAGUCGUCAAACCCGUCACCUUUGAUGACAUCGCCAUCGCUGGCUACAGCAACAUGCCGCCUGUUGGACAGAUGAAUGUCGUUAGCCCACCUCCACAACGACCUCAGAGUGGGAAAGCGCCCGACAUUAAAUUUGAGGAACCGUCUGCCCUCAACGAAGAAGUCUGUCGAGACGCCGUCAUCCACUUCGCGUCGGAGCACUGCUGCUACGGCAAGGCCCCGGCACGUGACAUGAAGUUCACCAAGGUGACGUCACACACCGCUCUGCACUACACACUGGAAACCUUCGGGGAGUCGCGGUCCAUGGGAUUCAAGUUCCAGGCUUACCGCGGGGGUCCCGUGGACGGUCCUGAGACCGGCGCCGCGCCGCCACCUUGGGCUGUUGCCUGCGACCCUAGCACCUUGUUCAAAGACCAGGUGAAGUCCAUUGAAGUGCCGCACACGUCGGUGAUCAGGGCCUGCCAUCAGUGCGAAUCCAAGGGCUGGGUGAGCUGUGCUCGCUGCAAGGGCAAAGGUAAAGUCAAAUGCAAGACGUGCCAUGGCAAAGGGAAGAUGGAAAUGACUGAUGCCGAAGGGAACCCUUACGAUGUCGACUGUCCAUUCUGCCAAGGGCAAAAUAAAGUGAGUGUGUGUGGCCUGGAUGUGUGUCACAAGUGUGGUGGUGACGGUAAAAUCACCUGCCCUGCCUGUCAGGGAUUUCGUCAGCUACGCUGUUACAUUGAACUCAAGGUGGAAUUUAAGAAUCACCAGAACGACUAUAUCUUUGAGGAGACCGACAUGCCAGACGAGCUGGUGCGAAAGGUUGGAGGGAAGCCAGUCUUCGAACAGACCUUGCCUCAGGUGUGGCCUAUCGCUGCCUACCCUAUCAAGGAGGUGAACACCAACUCCCAGAGCCUCAUCAAUCAACACCGGAGCAGCUUCAACAACGAGCGAAUGAUCAUGCAGAGGCAGAUUCUGAAGGCCGUGCCAGUGAUGGAGGUUACCUGGGAGUGGAAAGACCAGAAGAGUCACCGGCUGUGGGUUUACGGUAACGAGCACAAGGUGCACUGCCCUGACUACCCUCAACGUUUUUGCUGGGGCUGUCAGCUUCUCUGAGGUUUCAGCCCACACAGAGCAUCCUCCCAUCACCAUCCCCCCAACACAGCUCACAGGUGCUGUGGAGAGAUGGGAGAGCGGCGGUUGCCAACUUGUGAUGUACAAACUGAUUUUAUCAACGUGCCUCGCGUUUUUCGUUAGUUCUCAGUACCUCAGCCAACUGGUGGGAGGAAGGCUGAAGCUACCUGUAACAAUUUUGAGAUUUUAUGCUCAGGUACUCAUAUAACGGACAUUUUCAGAGUAACAAUCCUGGUUAGGUUGCACAUAUUAUUAACCAAACAGUUGUUGCCUUGAGGUCUUAUCAGCAUAAUAAAUUAAGGAAUGAUGAAUGUAUUGAACAAUUUCUAUUUUAUUUCUUUUACACUUGUUGUGUCUGCUCAGGCAGCAGUAGUUUUGUGCUCAAGCUGUUCAUCAUUAAAAGAUCUCAAGUGGCAAA